AAAAACCAAUUCAUUAAUUGCAAAAAAAGAAAUGGUUCGUCUCCUUCUUCUCCGAACAUCAACAUCAACAUUGCCCCAAAAACCGGUCCAAAAUCCAAAUUGUCCGAAACCCAUUCCCUUUUCUCCUCCUCCUUCUUCUUCAUCAAACUUCAUUACAGUUUCACAAUAACAAUGGUUGUUGAAGCUCAUCAGCUAUUUCUCCCAAAACCCCCUUUCUUUUCACCUUCUUUCCCUUCUCCACCCCCUCACUUUUCUUCUUUCCUCUUUGACCCUUCUUCUCUCUCUUUAGCUCUCUUCCAUUCCGAUUCCUCUAUCUCUCUCUACCCUUCUUUUUCCCCUUUCUCUCUCUCCUCCUCCUUCCCUCCUCCUCAAACCACCCUCCCUCCGCCCGUUUCCUCCGCCGCAUUCCUCCUCCUCCGGAACCCUAACCCUUCUACCCUCUUUCUCAUCUCUUCUCCUAUCUCCGGAGGCUCCUCCAUUCUCCUCCGCUUCUACAUCCUCAACGCCGCCCGGAAAAGUUUUACUCCGGCGAAAGUUGUGUGCAAUCACAGUGAUAUGAAGUUUGACGGGAGUAAAUUCGGGGUUGUUUUUAGGGUUUCUCAUGGGGUUUCGCUGAAAUUGGUUGGGGAUGUCAAUGUGUUUGCUCUGUACUCUAUUUUGAAUGGUAAAAUUUGGAUUUUUGCUGUGAAGCACCUGAGGGAUGAUGAGGUGAAGCUAAUGAAGUGUGCUGUGAUUGAUUGUUCAUUGCCGGUGUUCUCGAUCAGUCUUUCGUUUGGGUUCCUGAUUUUGGGGGAAAAUAAUGGGGUUAGGGUUUUACUCUUGAGGCCAUUGGUCAAAGGAAGAGUUAUUAAGAAAGAGAAGAAGAGUUUGAAUGGUGGGUUAGAAAAAGAUAAGAUGGAGAUAAAAAAGGUGUCUUUACGAAAUGGGAUGAUUAAUGGAAUUAAUGCUGAGAUUUGUUCUGCUGAUGGUAACAAAUUCACUACGGAAUUGAAGUUCCCUUCCAAUAGUGUAUUGGAGGAAAGGAUCGAAAACCGCACUGGAUCAGCAAAGUUAAGGUCUGUGAGACUUAGACAAGAUUCCAGAGAAUGGAUUGCAAGCUUUGUGGCAUUCAAGAGCAAGGAUGAUAAUUUCGAGUCAAUCAAGAUGCCGGCUAAGUCAGCAAAAGCAAUUGGCAUUCAGGCCUUGUCUUCAACCAAGUAUCUGAUCUUGGACUCUGAAGGAAAUCUUCACCUCUUGUUCCUGGCAACUUCUGUCCAGGGAUCAGAGACUCCUUAUCACAUGAAACAGUUGACUCACAACAUGAAAGUUCGAAAGCUCGUUGUUUUUCCGGAUUCUUCUACAAGUUCCAUCUUUUCAGGAUCACAGACUGUUUGGAUGUCAGAUGCUAUCCAUACUGUUCACAUGAUGGUGGUGACGGACAUGGAUACUUCUGUCAGUCAAACUGACAGCAAAGACCCUGCAGAGAAGCUUGUACAUACUUCAGUUGUGCAAGCAAUAUUUUCCAGUGAAAAGGUCCAAGAAAUUGCAGCUUUGGCUGCGAAUACAGUAUUGCUUCUUGGACAAGGAAGCAUGUUUGCAUAUGCAAUUUCCUAGAGAUGCUGAGUGGUUCUUUUUGGUCGGUUAUUCAUGUUUCACAUUUGGAUAGAAAAGUAAUGCCAAUUGGGUGGUUUUGCUGGAGUUCUCUUAUGAGAGCAUUUUUGGGCUGCAGUUGUCAGUAUCUAUCAAAUGGUUCAUAUCAAGUGAAGGAGACUGAGCUCUUGAAAGAAGCUAUUGGAGGAUCUGACUAUUGGCUGUUGGGCGAGGUCAAGUCAUUCAGCAAUUGAUGCCCCCCCCGUGCUGCACGACUGCAAAGAUAGUACAUUGUAACCAGUGAAGCUGCAUGUAUGAUGAUAUAAGUGUUACAUGUGUUCCUGGUCAUGGUCACUCAACAUUGAUAUCAAGCAUCAUCCAUGUUGAGACGGGUGGUAAGAGGGCUUCUGCCAUUGUAUCGGCUUGUUUUUGGAUGUUAGCUUCUAGCUUGUCAGAAUUAUGUAUACUUAAGCUGUCAUACUACAUCCAAUUCUUUAGCUUCUUCAUAAUUCGAGGAUGUUAGUUAGCCGGGUAACAAUUUCCUUUGACGUUCUAUCUCUUUAUUACUAUUAUCUCUUGAGUACAACUCAACUUGGUGGUGACUUAAGUGGAAUAUAAUAUUUUGUUUUCACCA